CUUCCACUCCGGAACACCUCUCCAUUUUAAGAUUCAAAGAGAUAUAACCGACCAUAUUAUCAACCAUAACAAUUCCAUACCAAUCCUGUACCACGCAAUGUCACCUCUGCCCAUAAUCUUCGUCGUCGGCGGCACCGGUGCCCAAGGCCUCCCUAUCGUCCAUGCCCUCGCCCACACUAACCUAUACACCCUUCGUGUCCUCACCCGUACCCCGACCUCCCCACGCGCCCAAUCUCUCCUCGCCCUGCCCAACACGACACUACAUGAGGGCACAUUCACCUCCGAGACCUCUCUUCGCAGCGGCAUGCGCGGCGCACACGGCGCAUUCAUCAACAUCGACGGUUUCAACGUCGGCGAGGCCGGCGAACUCUACUGGGGGAUCCGCACCUGGGAGAUUGCACUAGCGGAGGGGGUCAAGAUGUUUGUGUGGGGCAACCUGGAGUAUGUGCAUGCGAUGAGUGGGUUUCGGGCGGAGAUUCGGAGCGGACAUUAUGAUGGCAAGGGGCGGGUGGGGAGCUGGAUAUUGACGCAGAGAGCGAGUGCGGCGGUGAGGGAGAAGGGGAUGAGGGCGGCGCUGUUUACGACUGGGCCGUAUAUGGAGAUGGUGAUUGCGGCAGGCACGCUGAUGACGCCGCAGGUGGAGGAUGGGGUGGUGACGUGGCGGGUGCCGGCGAGUAUGGAUGGAAACGGGGCGGUGGCGCAUGUUGCGCUGGAGGAUUGUGGGGUGUAUGUGUGCUGGUUGUUUGCAAAUGAGGAGAGGGCGGAUGGGAUGGAUCUUGGUGUUGCGAUUGGGCACCUGCGAUAUGAGGAUCUCGCGAAGGGUUUCGAGACGGUGACUGGGCAUCCAGCGGUGUAUGUUGAGACGGAGUUUGAGGAGUAUUGGCGCGAGGGACCGAUGGCAAGGGCGACGGAUCUGCCUACGGGAUAUGCCACGAGUGUGGACGAUCCGGCGGUGAUGACGAUGAGAGAUAAUUUUACCGGGUUUUGGCGUGUGUGGCAGGCAAGUGGAGGUGAGCACCCGCUGAUAAAGAGAGAUUAUGCGUUGUUAGACGAGAUCCAUCCAGAAAGGAUCAGGACGGCCGAGGAGUGGUUUCGUAAAGAGGAUGAGAAGGGGCGUGAAGAUGGUAAAGGGUCAUUGUGGGAGCGAGUUCAGAAAGACUCUUUGAGGCCCUUGUUGAAGAAUACGGAGGAUCAGAGGAGUGGGGCUGUUCGGCCAAAGAAGUAGGUUCUGCAGCGAGAAAAUUUGGGAAUGGUUUUGCUGUUUAAUAGUAUUUGUCGGUGGAGGCCGUACGUGGUGAUAUGUCCUAUGAUUUGUGGUUGUAGUGGCCAAAGACAGUCACACGAAUGAGACCCUUUUCAAUCUGGACCCAGACCAUACAAGUUAUUGUUAAGCACAGGGAGGACUCCACCAUCGACCAUGUACUUUGCGAGUGCCUUCUC